AUGAAGAAGUUUAAUUUCCGAAAAGUUUUGGAUGGCUUAACUGCCUCUUACCCUGGCAGUAGUAGCAGCAGUGGCAGUAACAGUGGUGGUGGGGCUGGAAGUGGUUCCAUGCAUCCAGGAGGGACUGCAGGGAUCCUCAGAGAGGAGAUUCACGAAACCUUGACUUCAGACUAUUUCCAGAUUUGUAAGACAGUUCGGCAUGGUUUUCCUUAUCAGCCCACAGCAUUAGCCUUUGAUCCAGUCCAGAAAAUCUUGGCUAUUGGGACGAGAACUGGUGCUAUACGAAUACUUGGGAGACCUGGCGUUGAUUGUUAUUGUCAACAUGAAAGUGGUGCAGCUGUUCUGCAGCUCCAAUUCUUGAUCAAUGAGGGUGCUUUGGUCAGUGCAGGUUCAGAUGAUACACUUCAUUUGUGGAACCUUAGACAAAAAAGGCCAGCUAUUCUUCAUUCUCUUAAAUUUAACAGAGAACGAAUUACUUACUGUCAUCUACCUUUCCAGAGUAAAUGGCUCUAUGUUGGAACAGAAAGAGGAAAUACACAUAUUGUAAAUAUUGAAUCUUUCAUUCUUUCUGGAUAUGUUAUCAUGUGGAACAAGGCAAUUGAACUAUCCACAAAGACUCAUCCAGGUCCAGUUGUACAUUUAAGUGAUAGCCCAAGAGAUGAAGGGAAACUGCUAAUAGGUUAUGAAAAUGGUACUGUAGUAUUCUGGGACUUGAAAUCUAAAAGAGCAGAACUGAGAGUUUAUUAUGAUGAGGCUAUUCAUUCAAUUGAUUGGCAUCAUGAGGGCAAACAGUUCAUGUGCAGCCAUUCAGAUGGUAGCUUGACUUUAUGGAACCUGAAAAGCCCAAGUCGUCCUUUCCAGACCACAAUUCCACAUGGAAAAACUCAAAGAGAAGGAAGAAAAUCUGAAUCUUGCAAACCAAUUCUUAAAGUAGAAUACAAAACCUGUAGAAACAGUGAACCAUUCAUAAUAUUUUCUGGUGGACUGUCCUAUGACAAAGCUUGCAGAAGACCAAGUUUAACCAUCAUGCAUGGAAAAGCAAUUACAGUGCUUGAAAUGGAUCAUCCUAUCGUUGAAUUUCUAACUUUAUGUGAAACACCCUAUCCAAAUGAAUUUCAAGAACCCUAUGCCGUUGCUGUACUUCUGGAGAAAGAUCUCAUUGUAGUUGAUCUGACACAAAGCAACUUUCCAAUCUUUGAAAAUCCAUAUCCUGUGGACAUUCAUGAAUCACCAGUUACAUGCACAGCAUACUUUGCUGAUUGCCCACCAGAUUUGAUUCUAGUGCUCUACUCUAUAGGAGUCAAGCAUAAAAAACAAGGAUACAGUAAUAAGGAGUGGCCAAUCAGUGGAGGAGUUUGGAACCUUGGCACACAGACAUAUCCAGAAAUUAUUAUUACUGGUCAUGCAGAUGGAUCGAUAAAGUUUUGGGAUGCUUCUGCAAUAACUCUGCAGAUGCUGUACAAGCUAAAAACUUCAAAAGUGUUUGAAAAACAGAAGGUAGGAGAAGGAAAACAAACAUGUGAAAUUGUAGAGGAAGAUCCAUAUGCCAUUCAGAUGAUCUACUGGUGUCCAGAGAGCAGAAUAUUCUGUGUAUCAGGAGUCUCUGCAUAUGUCAUAAUUUAUAAAUUCAGCAGACAUGAAAUUACAACAGAAAUAGUGUCAUUAGAGGUACGACUUCAGUAUGAUAUUGAAGAUAUUAUUACCCCGGAACCAGAAACAAGUCCUCCAUUUCCUGAUCUCUCGUCCCAGCUUCCUUCUUCAAGGAGUCUUUCUGGGAGCACUAACACUGUGGCUAGUGAAGGAGUAACGAAGGAUAGUAUCCCAUGCCUCAAUGUUAAGACACGACCAGUGCGGAUGCCUCCAGGGUAUCAAGCAGAACUUGUUAUUCAGUUGGUCUGGGUGGAUGGUGAACCUCCACAACAGAUUACUAGCCUUGCUGUAAGCUCAGCAUAUGGAAUAGUUGCAUUUGGGAACUGCAAUGGGUUGGCUGUGGUGGAUUUUAUACAGAAGACAGUACUGUUAAGCAUGGGGACCAUUGACCUAUAUAGAUCAAGUGACCUAUACCAACGACAACCACGGUCUCCGCGAAAAAACAAGCAGUUCAUUGCAGACAACUUUUGCAUGCGUGGCCUGUCUAACUUUUAUCCUGAUUUAACGAAACGGAUCCGUACUUCCUAUCAGAGUUUAACUGAGCUGAAUGACAGUCCAGUUCCCCUGGAACUUGAGCGUUGCAAGUCUCCCACUCCAGAUCAUGUAAAUGGACACUGCACAAGUCCAACUUCUCAGAGUUGCAGUUCUGGAAAACGUCUUUCCAGUGCUGAUGUUUCAAAAGUAAAUCGCUGGGGUCCCGGAAGACCACCAUUUCGAAAAGCACAGUCAGCUGCUUGCAUGGAGAUUUCUUUGCCAGUUACAACAGAAGAAAGUCGAGAAAAUUCCUAUAAUCGCUCUAGAAGCUCUAGCAUCUCCAGUAUUGACAAAGAUUCUAAAGAAGCAAUUACAGCACUAUACUUCAUGGAGUCCUUUGUUCGGAAAAAUGACUCUACUAUCUCCCCUUGUUUGUUUGUUGGAACUAGUCUGGGAAUGGUGUUAAUCAUCUCCCUAAACUUACCUUCAGAAGAUGAACAAAGAUUUACAGAGCCAGUCAUGGUAUUGCCAAGUGGUACAUUCCUCUCAUUGAAAGGAGCUGUCCUAACAUUCUCCUGUAUGGACCGAACUGGCAGAUUAAUGCAACCACCAUAUGAAGUCUGGAGGGAUCCAAACAACAUAGAUGAAAAUGAGAAAUCUUGGAGAAGAAAGCUGGUCAUGAACUGCCCCUCUGCAUCCCAAGAAAUAGGAGAUCAUCAGUAUACAAUAAUCUGCUCAGAAAAACAAGCCAAAGUCUUCUCACUGCCUUCUCAGACUUGCCUCUAUGUUCAUAACAUCACCGAGACAUCUUUUAUACUGCAAGCAGAUGUGGUGGUCAUGUGUAACAGUGCCUGCUUGGCAUGCUUUUGUGCCAAUGGGCAUAUCAUGAUAAUGAGCCUACCUAGUCUUCGCCCAAUGUUGGAUGUUAAUUAUUUGCCACUGACAGACAUGAGGAUAGCACGGACGUUUUGUUUUACCAAUGAAGGACAGGCAUUAUACCUUGUCUCUCCUACUGAAAUUCAGCGGUUAACAUACAGCCAAGAGAUGUGUGAUAAUCUACAGGACAUGCUAGGAGAUUUGUUUACUCCCAUAGAGACACCAGAAGCUCAAAACAGAGGCUUUCUCAAGGGACUGUUUGGUGGAAGUGGACAAACAUUUGACAGAGAAGAGCUCUUUGGGGAAGCUUCAGCAGGAAGAGCAUCACGCAGCCUCGCACAGCACAUUCCUGGACCAGGUGGUAUAGAAGGGAUGAAAGGUGCUGCCGGAGGGGUGAUGGGAGAGCUGACUCGUGCACGGAUCGCACUUGAUGAGAGAGGACAGAGGCUAGGAGAGCUGGAAGAGAAAACUGCAGGCAUGAUGACCAGUGCAGAAGCAUUUUCCAAACAUGCACAUGAGUUAAUGCUGAAAUAUAAGGAUAAGAAAUGGUACCAAUUCUAA